AAUAUUUUUAUAAAAUUGUAUAAAUAUUGACACAAUUGACAGCACAAAAUAUAUAAGGCAAUAUUUUUUGGUAGUCCACAAAAACAGUUUUGGAACUUAUCUUUAAUACGAAAUUUUUAAUCAUCGCGUAAGGUUGCACUGCAAAAAUGCAAAGUGCCUGCACAUUGGGCAACAAAAUUAUCCUCAUUUGCGUAAUUCUCGAGCUCGGUAUUGGAAUCGGAAUAGGAGUAGAGGCUCAGCUGCUGAUUUCUUUGACGGGUCCCAAGAAGUGCCAUGAUGUGUGUCCCAUGGGUUAUCGUGUAGUGUGCGCCCUAGAUGUUUUAGAUGGCUGUUUGCGCACUUUUGCCAGCAGCUGUGUAAUGCGCAUGUACAACUGCAAGUACCAGAAAGACUACCGCAUCAUAGCAGAUCGGGCCUGCGAAUUUAUAACCAACGACGAACUCAAAAGGUUGGAACUCUAGUGACGGCUAGACGAAACAAAACGCUGCCUAAGCUCGCCGCCAGAGGGUGCUAGUGCAGAGAUGGCGCACGCGUCGUAUACGCGAUAUGUGGCAAGGAACGUUGCGUGGAUGCAAACGGAAAGGAUAUAUACCAGCAGCCAUCCAUUGUAUUUCUGCUGUUUUUAUGUGUAACUCUCUGGCUAAGGCUCAACUCUCUAGGCUCGCGUCACGUCAUCUCCGCGAACUAAAAUCAUUUCCAAAUUCCUCCGUUUUCCCCUGCAAAACUAUCCUUUUUGUGUUUUGAAUCAAAAUAAAUAGUAUAAAGUGAAUAAUCAAA